UACCAACAACAUGAACAACAUCCAAGUCGAUGUCCUAGCUUCAAUCAUAUGGAUAAUUUUAAUGACAGUUCCACUGCUAUAUACAUCAAUCAUAUGUCACUUAGCAGUUUGUCAGGCAACCGAAAUCACAAAAAUCAUGAAUGAAACGGUUGCCGACAGUAAAAACAACGGCAUCUCACAGAUUGACCUUGAAUUAAUUUCACUACAAUUUAUACACCAAAAACCGCAAUUUUCAGCUUGUGGAUUUUUCUCAAUUGAUAUGACAUUCGCUUAUGCGGUAUGUGGAGCUGUUACUACGUAUCUGGUGAUUUUGCUACAAUUUAAAUAUGGAUAAGAUUCAACGUGAUUUAAAAAAGACAUUGUAAAAUCCAUGCUUUCUCAUAUCAUUCGGAUAAAAAACGUGUGUGGAACCUCUUAAAUGAAAAUAACAUUUUCGAUAAUAAUGACAACGA